AUGUCGACCCAAAAGCCGAUUGAAUUCGACUCUUAUAGCGAGCGCAAAGCUUUUGACAAGACGAAAGCAGGUGUGAAAGGUCUCGUCGACGCUCAAAUCACUGAGAUUCCUCGUAUCUUCCGCGUCCACGUGGACGCAGCGUCGCGUGAAGUAGUUGUAGAGAAGAUCAAAGACGCGGCAGGGAAUUGGGGAUUCUUCCAGGUGGUUAACCAUGGUGUUCCUUUAAGCAUUCUUGAAGAGAUUAAAGGAAUACUUUGA